AUGUCUUCUUCCUUUGUUGGAGAACUGGUGUAUAAGAUUGUUCAUCUUGUGCAGAUUAAGCAGCUCAAUGAACCGAUAGAGGUUAAAAUAACUGAAUGGAACACUGGUGGUCUCCUUACAAGAAUAGAAGGGCUGAGGGCUUUUAUUCCAAAAGCUGAAUUGAUUAAUAGAGUUAACAAUUUCACACAACUGAAAGAGAAUGUGGGACGGCGAAUAUAUGUGCAAAUUACCAGAAUGAAUUCAGAUACCAAUGACUUAAUACUCAGCGAGAAGGAAGCUUGGAGAAUGUUGCAUCUUCAAGAAGGAACACUUCUAGAAGGAACUGUUAGGAAAAUCUUUCCAUAUGGUGCUCAGAUAAGGAUAGGUGAUACUAAUAGGAGUGGAUUGCUGCAUAUUUCAAACAUCACCAAAGGCAGAAUUACUUCUGUUACUGACCUAUUAGCAGUUGACGAGAAGGUUAAAGUUCUGGUUGUGAAGUCUAUGUUUCCUGACAAAAUUUCUCUCAGCAUCGCUGAUCUUGAAAGUGAGCCGGGUCUAUUUUUAUCAAAUAAGGAGAAAGUAUUUUCUGAAGCGGAAGCAAUGGCCAAAAAGUACAGGCAAAAGAUUUUAGCCGUUUCAGCGCCGGGCAAAGUGGAAGCCCUUCCCACUGAUGGCUUACCCUUUGAAAAUGAAGAAACUCUGUAUGCUAACUGGAAAUGGUUCAAAUUUGAAAGAGACGACGAAACAAAUCCAUGA